AUAAUGAUAGAGUGGUAAAUGCUUAAAGUGGAAAAAAGGGAUCAAAGAAACGAUGCAAGUAUGGAUGAUAUCCGGAGGCUUGUAGAAAGUUGGGAUCUUAUUCCAUAAACAUGUAUGUCAAUUUCAAUGGUCACUCGACGAAUAUAUAUAUAUAUAUAUUUUGGAAAAACAUAUAUAAAUCAAUAAUUUUUUGGAACUAAUAAAUAAAGAUUUGAUUCAUUUUAUUUCUACUUUUAUUAUUAUAUUUUCUACAUUCAUUUCGGAAUACUUUUGCCUAUACUUUUAUUAUCAUACAUCGAAUUUUAAAUUUUUGUCAACAUUUUAAUGAUAUUUGAGUCAUUGUCACAUCGUUUUCAAACUAUUUCAAUCAUAAAAUGAAGACAUAUGUAUUUCUUUUUCAAUGGUCACGGCAUAAUUAUCUAACUUGAGGGAACUCUUGUAUGAAAUUGGUCAUUAUCAUGUUUGAUUGGAGAAUAGUAGUUUGUUGCAAAGGUUGAAGUUAUGAGCAUAGCAAAAAUGUUGCUGUCAUGACCAAUCUUGUUCACGGGAUGCUUCCAAGUCACUAAGUUAUGGACAACAAAGAUGUUGGUAGGAGGCUACAACUGGAUUCAUACAAGAUCGUAAUUUUGUGUUUGAAAUGAGUGAUUUUACAGAUUGAAUUUAGUACCCCAAUUUUGAAAAGUACCCAUCUCAUCUUGAUUAUCGACCUUAUCAAACUCACUCGAGACUCAUAGUUAUUAAUUAUUAAAUAGUCUCCAUCCUUUAGGGAAUAUCCUUUACUUCGAAAUAGAUGUGAUUAAGAAAUCAAGGUUUAGCAGUAUUAAACUACAGAUGUUGGAUUGAGAUAAAUACCUAUGUUAUUCAAGGUUGGUCCAAAUAACAUUUCUUCAUUGUUAAUAGACUGCAUUUUCACCAAUAAAGACAAAUCAUCCAAUCAUCCUUGAAGAAAGCAAAAAAAAAAAAAAAAUAAUAAUAAUAAUCUAAGCAUGAGUAGAUUUUAAACAGCUUGAUUGUAUAUUAACUCACAAAUCUUUUAAUUUUUUUUAAAAAAAUUGCUUACCAGUGCCCUAUUUCUUUAUUGUAAUAGUUUUGAUUGGAGAAAUGAUACAAUUAUAUCAUCAUUUGAUACAUCAAUUAAACAUAGUUCAAUUGACAAAUAAUCACUAGUACAUCAUUUAUUGUUCUAUAAAAUCGAGAGCUUUCAUCUCAUAAGGUCAAUUUUUUGAUUAAUUGGAGCAAAGAAUGAAUGAAGAGAUUUGAAACCACCCUUCAAACUACCAUUCUUGCAAAGAAAAUUUAAAAGAAAAAAUAAUAUCCCUCUGCUUCCACAAUGGUAUAUGUGGAGCAUUCACCCAUAUGGUCAUAACUUUAAACAAUAAAGCGGACAACAACACAGAAACCACCUACGAUUCGAUGAAAGCUAAGUGAGACUUUCCACAGCACAAGAAAUGGCAUCAGCAGCUAUAUAUUCCUAAUGUUGCCAUCUUCCUCUCAAUUUCUUUGUUUUCUAUUCCAUUCCCUCGUCUUGUUCAAGCUUCUCUUAUUCCGCCUCACUUCCUUCAUCUCUCUUCUUAAAAUCCCAACUCUUUUUCCUCAUGUUCUUCAACCCAUGAGGCUCUGGUUCUUGUUCCUGUUGAUCAAUCUCAAUAACCCCCGUUUCGAUCUCACCUAACCCUUUUGCAAUGCACGGAAACCACCCAUCUUGGUUCACCCACUUGAUCAAAUCCGACCCAUCUGAUUCGAUCUUCCUUGGAGGGUUGUUUCUUGAGGACAAUCUUCCUCCCUCUUUCGUUUCGUUAAUCUCUUCUAAAACCUCUUCUGGGUCGGCUUCAUUUUCUCCUCCUCACAGUCUUCACAAGACUCUUAACUUUCAAAUUUUGCAUCGGCGAGGAAGGGCAGUUUCCGAUGGAGGUGGGUGCGGAUUUUUAUCUGUGAGCUUGUCUGCAAAUGGGAGUGGAGAGAAUGGAGAUUACAUUCAGGAUUCGGAAGAUUAUUUGGGACAAAAUGGGAAUAAAGGUUCGAUGGAGAAGGCUAUUCAGCAUGAGGAGGAAGAAGAAGAGAGGGAAAAGAAAGCUGUAUUGCGAGGAUCUGGUGCUAUGAAUAUGACCAAGCAUCUGUGGGCCGGAGCUGUUGCUGCUAUGGUUUCAAGAACUUUCGUUGCUCCUCUCGAGAGAUUGAAGCUAGAGUACAUAGUUCGUGGUGAGCAGAAAAACCUUAUUGAACUGAUCAAGACCAUAGCAUCUUCUCAAGGUCUGAACGGUUUUUGGAAAGGAAAUUUUGUCAACAUUCUUCGCACUGCUCCUUUUAAGGCUAUCAAUUUCUAUGCUUAUGAUACAUACAGAAAUCAGUUGAUGAGAUGGUCUGGAAAUGAGGAAACCACUAAUUUUGAGCGGUUUCUCGCUGGUGCUGCUGCUGGGAUUACUGCAACCGUGCUUUGCAUUCCUAUGGACACUAUUCGGACUAAGAUGGUGGCACCAGGCGGGGAAGCCUUGGGUGGUGUCAUUGGCACCUUUCGCCACAUGAUCCAAACUGAAGGCUUCCUUUCCCUUUAUAAGGGUUUGGUACCCUCAAUUAUUAGCAUGGCACCAUCAGGUGCUGUGUUUUAUGGAGUUUAUGAUAUACUAAAAUCAGCUUACCUACAUUCACCAGAAGGAAGGAAAAGAAUCCAAAAUAUGAAAGAAGGUGGUCAGGAUUUGAAUGCUUUGGAACAAUUAGAAUUAGGUACUAUAAGGACGUUACUGUAUGGCGCCAUAGCAGGGGCAUUUGCUGAAGCUGCUACAUAUCCAUUUGAAGUUGUGAGGAGGCAGCUCCAAAUGCAAGUUAGGGAAACAAAGCUGAGUGCAGUUGCAACUUGUGCCAAGAUUGUUAAUCAAGGGGGUGUCCCGGCUCUUUAUGCGGGCUUAAUUCCCAGCUUAUUACAGGUUUUACCAUCGGCUGCAAUAAGCUAUCUUGUGUAUGAAUUCAUGAAGAUAGUCCUGAAAGUAGAAUCAUCGUGAAGAUUUGAAGCCUGCGUGUGAAGUUCAAUGUUGCCGAUGAUUUCUGUAGCUUUCAGGCCAAGGUUCAGGAAGAGCUAAAGAUCAUUUCAGUGGCCUUGGCUGUGUUUCUAAGCGAAGUUCCUAUGGCCAUCAUAAUAGCAUUUUAAUUUGUUUCUUUUUCUUCCUUUUCAGUUUCGGGCGACUGAGGCAUUGGUGAUAUUUUUCAAUGCAGUGCCCACGUAAAGAGCUUCAAGUUCGAAGCGAGUGAUAUAAUGUUAACUAGAAUGUCAAUAAAAGGAAAACAGUUGACAA